UCGAGAGGUAUCGAGAGUGCAUUGUUUGAUAACACAAUAAACAAUUGUCAAAUUAAUUUCGUGUUUUUUCUUUUCAAUUUUAAAUAAAAGUUAUAUAAUAAUAAUAUAACUAUCUAUUAUUACUAUAUUUCAGAAUAUGACUGGGUAUAUAAUUCUAAAACCAGAGAAUCUUCAAAAUUCUUUGAAGGGCAAACCAAGAUGGAUGAUAUGCGUAGUGUUCACUGCAGGCCUGCUCAUCAUGACGCUGUCGGCAGUCGCCUCUGGCAUCUUCAUAGGCUACACUUAUUGCUACGUCGAACAUCGGACAGACUUUAGAGCUGCGGGUAACAUCUCGCAAAUACAAGAUCUUCGGAUUUUUAACGUUCCUCUCGGAGAUGCCCAGAAGAUGAGGGAGCAGAACACGAUAAAUGGAGCGCUUGUAUCCAGCCAAUUAGUGCAGAAGUUUCUCAAAAUUGGACACACACUAUGGGAUGAUGAUCACGCGUACUUGCUGGGCCAUUUGAUGACAAACGCGUCGAGAAACUGAAACGGGAAUAAUGAGUGUCAGAAAAUGCAGAAUAGUUCGUUCGUUUUUGCUUUCGUUGUCGGGAUUAGUUUGGUUUUAUUCUCCAAGUAUUCUACUUCGACUACCGAAUUGAAUCGCAAAAGAUGCGCCUAUUAUGGCGAUAUAUUAACUAUGAGAGGCGAAUAAAACGAUUCGAUUCACCGACCUAGUGGACGUUAGGCUUAAGACUUCAUAAAACUAGAAAUUAGUCGUGUGCCCUUUUUGCUCUAGUUUUAUGUACCCAUUGUUAAAUCUUAUUAUUUUCUAUACAUAGAACUGCAUUUCUUUUAAGUUUACCUUUUAAAUUGUUUUCUUGUGUUCCUAUUGUUCUAUUUAAUGAUUGAAUAAA